CCAUCGAGCGCGCCUGUAGUCGAGCCAAAUCGCGGUCCACGUUUUCUCGCGACAACUCGGGCCCGCCGAUCAUCGUUCUUCUCUUAGAUCAAGAUCGACAGGGCCUUUGUCGAUCUCUGUGUUGGUGUUCGCCCGGAAACGAGACCAGUCUUGCUUCAAUUGCGCGCGAACAGUCUCUAUACGAGUACGACCGCUGUGGAACACAUGGACUCCGAGACACGAGGCACGGAGGAAGCGUGAUGCACCUUACAGAUAACAUGCUCCUGGCUGCAGUGCGUGGACAGAGGUUGCUGGAAUAGUCGGUGCUCGUCGAUUCCCAGCGGUACAGCUGCGAAUCACUCGGCAGCUUCUCCCUUUCGCAACGACAAUCGAGGACCAUGAAGAGAUCUUCGAGUCUCCACUCGAGGAUCCUCGCCUGGAUUUUCUGCCUGUUCGUCGUUCUCAUGUUUCCCUCGAGGACAAGCGCCUUGGAGGAGAACUGUACGGACUUCCAGGGCGGCAUCGUUAAGCACGGUCUCCUCUAUGUGCCAGGACCUGCGGUUUGCAGUCUCUGCGUUUGCUAUCAUUCGGAGCCAAUGUGGUGUCAAGCCAUCUACUGCUCGCCACCCUAUAAAUGCGAGAGGUUUCGAGUCGGCGAGCGUUGCUGCGAGUUCGAGUGUCUGGACGACUCGGACGCGGAUUGGACCGGGCCGAAUCUGAUCAUCGCCGCUGGAUCCUCGAGAAUCCAGGAGUACGGGACGGUUUGGUUGCUCGGAGUGAUCGCCCUGCUGAAAGCGCUCUAGUUUCGACGGCGACGACGGUGAACACGGCCACCAGGAGUAAGGAAAGGUACGGUUCAGCCAGAGAUGGGCAGAAUUUCGUUCGAACAACAAACAUGGAAUGGAAAUUUCGAUUGAACGAUAAUUUAUAUAAUUUCGAUCGUGAUUUUUACCGGAACGAACAACGGGUAAAAGGUCGUUCGCCUUUUGUACGCGCGGUGUACUGUGAUAUAAGCUUUUUAGGGCAAAUGCAAAUGGCACGCGAAGCUUAUUUAAAAUACAUCGACGUCUGAUUAAGAAAGUUCGCCCACCUUUCUUGUUGUUUGUUCGUUAUUCAGAAUGUUGCAUCUGGAUGAGAGUUUUGCCCGUCUCUGGGGGGGUGUAGCUUGCUGGGGAUGAAACGGCGUGUUUAGUCUAGCGACUAGGAUCGAGGAAGAACGUGACAAUUUUAUCAAGGUUUUUGGUUAUUAGAUCCUUCGUGAUUCCUUUCGUAGUUGGUUGAUUUAUUUUUUAAUCUCGAUCGGGUGUGACGGAGACACGGAGUCGAGUAACCGUUUCCAACGAACUUUGUUCGCGACAUAUUUUCCGAAGGGACCCAGUUAUUUGAGUCGCGACGAGGUUUCGCCCAGAGAAUGUCGUCUUCCUUCCUCGACGAAGUCUCGGGUAACAACGUUAUCCUCGUGAGCGAGGCGUUUCAUAGCCGGCGGGCGUCGAGAGUGUGUAAUUAGCCCUCGGAGGGCGGCUACGAGCAGAGUUGCGUUUCAGAAAGUUUUAUUUUUUCAUUUGAGUGAUAUAAUAAAGUUGUGAUAACGACGUCGCGAGACGUAACGCAUGGAAACGAUUGUUCGCCGACGACGGACGUUGCCAGUGAUGGGACUGAUGCGAAACUUAUCAACGAUCGUUGGACGAUUGAGUACUCGGAAGCGUGUUAACGGAUCGAAGGGUUAAAGCGUUUGGUAUCGACGCGUAACAUCGAUACGCGCCGGAUAUAUUGCUAGGCGGUGUCAGUACCUUGACGACAAAGCAGCUAUCGAUAAUCGAUACUCUAGUAAACAGAAACAAAUGUUCUAAGUAUGGUCAAAGCUAGUUUUGACCUAUUUUUUUCAUCGCUCGAGAUUAAAGUCCUUCCAGCGUGUAGUUUACUCUUCGGUAUUUUUAUAUAUUCGUAAGUAUGUUUAUUCGAAUCGUCCAUCGUUAACCUUAGAAUAUGGUAAGGUGUCUAUGUUUUACGGAAGCGUUAAGAUGACAGUGAUUUUCGAAUAGAAUUAAAAAAAAAAUAAAAGUCAACUGUUAUUUUAAAUUCUAUUGAGAUUUCAAUGGUUGUCGAUGAAUAAAACGGUCUGGAUCAGCCCGAAUUAUAAUUUUUAAUAUAAAUGAAAGUUGAAUUUGGCUAUGAUCGAGAAGUAUCGUUCCCAUCACUAGGCAGAGCUUCGUCGAGUAGCGAUAUCCUUCCGUCGAAAGGCUCGUACGAGGCGGUUCUGGUCGAAUCUCGAUGGAGAUCAUCGGAUGGAAAGGCCGGGGUUUUCCACUUCAGCCACUUUUAAAGUUCAGCUCCGCUAUCCACGGUUGGGUGAUUAUCAACCCUUUUAAGAUCCCUUAUUGAAUACUUUCGUUCGACGAGCAACGUUUAUGCAAGAAGCUUAACACAUUGACUCCUACGUCACCCACACAUGGAUAACAGGACUAAAAGACA